UCGCCCGCACGGGCUAGCGCGCAGGGGCCGCUGUGUCGCGUCUAUAUGUAACUACUACGGCCACUGUGCGGAGGCACUCUUACGGUUGCCUUCCGCCGUUUGCCCCCCCGACAAAGUAGUGCAGGCAGGAAGAACUGGAGAAGCGGCAAGGACAGAGGAGGAGAGUGGACCUCGGGGAUGAACAAGAAGAAGAAGAAGAAGACGAGAAGACACUCCUUCGAGACGGCGGCUGAGCCCCGCCCACUCCUCAGGCGUAAACCACCUCCUGGGCCACCGAGAGUCAAGCGGCGGCGCCACACCUCUCAGAGAUUAUGUGCCGCACGCCUUGUCCAGAGGUCCGGCCGCGAGCGCGCCCGCUGCAAGGUGGGAUAUCGAACCGGAGCGGAGCGGGCGCUGGGUCGGGCCGCGCCGGCACUCGGCACGGAGCCGGCAUCGAAGCGCAUCGGCCGCGCCAGGAGGCACAACUGCGCCGUGCAGGCACGGGGCCGCGUCGGGUCGGCGGAAUUUCGAAAUCGAUGGCUCGAACAUCCCACUUUGAGCACGACUGUCUGACGCGGAACGUCUCGGCCAUGUCGAUGGCAUUGUAAACUAAUGCGCUGGCCACGCGCUAUCAGCAUUCUGCAACGAGCUCGUGAAAACGGCGUCGCCAUCGCUGAUGGGCUGCCCAAGGGAUCCUAAGGGGCAGUGGCAAACUGCACAUCGCUAUCCUUCCUC